AAGCGUGCCUCUACCAAGUAACACCUACUAUCAAAGUAUUCGAAUGAUCUGCUGGUAGCCUCAUUUUCAUACAUUGACCUUAUACACGAACAUCUUGGUCACCAUGUCCACCUCUGUAUACUCGCAUGACCAUGUAGUGCUUCUCUUGGAUACACCCGACUUUGAGAGCCCGCCGGCAUGGCUGGCUGACAAUUUCAACAUCAUCGAAGGUGGAACACAUGCUGGUGGAUCCUCGCGCAACAAACUCAUCAUCCUCGCCGAUGGCACUUAUAUUGAAUUGAUCAACUGGAUCACCAAACCAUCUGAAUUCUUUGACUGGGCCGGCAAACCACCAGGGCUACUAGAUUUUGCCCUGACGUCCGCCCAGGCAUCAGCGCAUGAGACGUAUCAAGCAGUCUCAGAGCGGCUGGCAGCGUCGAUAAAAACAACGAGUUCAGGUGCACAAGGGGUCACCGACGACAGCUCCGAAGACCUCGGAAUCAGCUACAAGACCCCCCUGGCCGGUGGGAGGAAGCGCAAGGACGGCAAGGACGUGUCGUGGUUCGUGACCAAGCCACGCUUCAACCCAGAGGCCAGCGGUGUCCCCAGUCCGGCUCAGAGCUAUUUCCCCAAUGGUCGUCUAGAUGCGCCGUUUUUCUGCCACGAUGUCAGCGAUCGUGACCUUAGAGUUCCCUAUCAAGAAGGCGACGUCACUAAGCAUCCAUGCGGCGCGCUCGGGGUGCUGAGCGUCAGAGUUGUCGUGCCCCAGGCCCAGCUCGAUGCCUACGGCAAGGUCUACGCCGCCGUGACGGGUGUCCAGCCUCAAAAGGAUCCAACUACUGGGUUUCUGAGGUUUGGUCUUGGUGCGGUCGACUCCGCAUCCUUGAAGCCGAUCCAGAGCCAAGUCAACAUCGAAGUAGCUCCUAUUGCCAACCCUGAAGACGAAAACUGGGUCAAAGAAAGAGGAUUGGGGAUCCGGGAGGUGAGGCUCUGGGGACCCAAAAGUGACGGAGUGGCACAAACAGAAGAAAUUCCACUCGACAAGUCCGGCAUUGGGGCCAGUGUCAUCCUGGUAAAGAGCCAAACAUGAGAAUUCAGCGGGGAAAAGAAGUCAGGCGAUAUAUCCAAGACGUGGGACUGAGUCUCGUGCAUGUAUGCGUUCUCUCUUGCAUUAUAUACAGCCACAAAUUUUUAAACAAAAACACAUUGGGAACGACUGUCCCU